AUGGACACGGAGAGCCUCUACAGGGCCGGGAGCCUGAGACGGAAUAGCUGGAGGAACACCGACGACGUCUUCUCCAGGUCGUCCAGGGACGAGGACGACGAGGAGGCGCUGAAAUGGGCAGCCCUGGAGAAGCUCCCUACCUACAACCGCAUGAGGAAGGGCAUCCUCGUCGGCCAAGAAGGCGGUCACAGGGAGAUCGAGAUAAAGGACCUCGGGAACCAGGAUAGGAGGACCCUACUCGAGAGGCUGGUCAGGAUCGCAGACGAGGAUAAUGAAAGGUUCCUGCUGAAGCUCAGGGAUCGCAUUAAUCGGUAACUCUUACAUAUAAACUAUCCUCCUCUCUUCUGAAAGUUUCCGAUUCCCAUCAUCAGGUAGAAUUAUCACCGCCUGAAUUUUUUGCUCAACACUGAGCUUGUUUUUUUAUCUCUGGUUUGUGCAGAGUGGGUAUCGAUCUUCCGACGAUCGAAGUGCGUUUCGAGGACCUCAACAUCACAGCGGAAGCUCGCGUCGGGGGAAGAGCGCUUCCCACAAUCUACAACUCCGCCUUGAACAUCCUGGAGGUAAAGGUUUUCUCAGAGGACUCGACAAUGACGCGCUGGUUUCUCAGAGGCCUGAUUCGAACUGCUGGUGUCUUUGAAGCUCGCGGCGUCGGCCCUCCGCAUCCUUCCCAGCAGGAAGAAGCCGAUCUUCAUUCUUCAUAAUGUUAGCGGCACCAUCAAGCCUCGCAGGUGUGGAGGAUGAGAAUGAUCGAGUUCGCUCUCUCCCACGGCCCAUGGCUUUCAGAAUUCCCCAUAAUCUCUGUUUUCAAUGUUCUUCAGGAUGACUCUGCUUUUGGGUCCCCCGGGAUCUGGCAAGACGUCCCUUUUGCUGGCUCUCUCUGGGAAGCUGGGCUCAGACGUCAAGGUCUCUUCUUGUUUUUCUUCAUCUUCAUCAUCUUCUUCAUCCGAUUUGUCAGCUGAGUCGCGAGCUUCACAUUUUUCCAUUUGAGAAGGUUUCCGGGAACAUAACCUACAAUGGGCACGGAUUGGACGAGUUCGUCCCGGAAAGAACAGCCGCCUACAUCAGCCAGUAUGAUCUCCACAUCGGGGAGAUGACUGUUCGGGAAACACUUACCUUCUCUGCUAGAUGUCAGGGCGUAGGAACGCGUCUCGGUGAGCUCUGUUCCACCUGGUUUUCGCCAGAACCAUUUCCCGUAGAUUAUGAAGUGAAUAAUUCCCUCCUGCGAUCGCAGAGAUGCUGUCGGAGUUGUCGAGAAGAGAGAAAGAGGCCAACAUCAAGCCGGAUCCUGACGUCGACGUCUUCAUGAAGGUAAUUAACUCUUCACUAAGAUUUCUCUCCCUCUCUCUCUCUCUCUCUCUCUCUCUCUCAAAUUCCCCGGUGGAGCGACUGACGGCUAUCUUCGUUAAAACAGGCCGCUGCAAUAAAAGGCCAACAACCCAGAGUCGUGACAGACUACAUCCUCAAGGCAGGCCUCUGAUUUCCUUAGAAACUUUCUCAGUUACUUCUUUGACUCCUGGCCUCUUAUUUGAUAUAAAUCUUCCUCCGCAGAUCCUGGGAUUGGAUAUCUGUGCUGACACCAUGGUUGGGAAUGAGAUGGUACGGGGCAUCUCCGGCGGCCAAAAGAAGCGCGUUACAACAGGUAAUAUAUGUAUAGACAUUAUAUAUAUAUAUAUAGAGAGAGAGAGAGAGAACGAGAGAGUUUUAAAGAUCCUUCUUCCAUUCUAUUUCUCCCUAUUAAAGAAGCUUCCGCCGAACCAUCUCAGGGGAGAUGAUGGUUGGACCCGCGAGAGCUCUGUUCAUGGACGAGAUAUCGACCGGACUGGAUAGUUCGACCACCUUCCAGAUCGUCAAGGCUCUGAGGCAGUCGAUCCACAUCCUCGGGGGAACUGCCCUCAUCUCGCUGCUCCAGCCAGCGCCGGAGACUUACGAACUCUUCGAUGACAUCAUCCUCCUCUCCGAUGGGAAGAUCGUCUACCAGGGACCCCGCGAGUAUGUCCUCGAGUUCUUCGAGUUCAUGGGCUUCAAGUGCCCGGAGAGGAAGGGCAUCGCCGACUUCCUCCAAGAGGUCAGCGCCUCCCCUGUUUCUGUGAAUACGUUUUGAUGAUCUUCUCAAAAAAUAACGUGAGAAUCUUUAUCCUGGAAAUUUUCGCCAGGUGACGUCGAGAAAGGACCAAGGGCAGUACUGGGCCCGCCACGGCGAGCCUUACCGAUUCGUUCCCGUGAACGAGUUCGCCGAGUCCUUCAAGGCCUUCCAUGUUGGGAAAGAUAUGAAGAAGGAGCUCUCGGUGCCGUUCGACAGGAGCAAGAGCCACCCUGCGGCUCUGACCACGUCCAAAUACGGUGUCAGCAGGAAGGAGCUGCUGAAAGCUUGCAUCGAGAGAGAGCUGCUUCUCAUGAAGAGGAACUCCUUCGUCUACGUUUUCAGGUCCUGCCAGGUACUGGUUCUCCACUGGUUCUCCUCCGCAUCCCCCUCCUGCUCGUCGUCUGGUUCCCUGAUCCUGUCUCCUAAUGAACUCAGCUACUCCUACUGAGCUUCUUCAGCACGACGGUUUUCCUGAGGACGAAGAUGCCCCGGGACUCGGUGGCUGAUGGAACCAUCUUCAUGGGAGCACUCUUUUUCUCCAUCCUUAUCGUUAUGUUCAAUGGGCUAGCGGAGCUCGGCAUGACCAUAGCCAAGCUACCAGUUUUCUACAAGCAGAGGGACCUUCUGUUCUACCCCGCAUGGGCCUUCGCCCUGCCGUCGUGGGUUCUGAGGAUCCCCAUAACCUUCGCGGAAGUUGCAGUCUGGGAAUGCAUGACCUACUAUACCAUCGGAUUCGAUCCGAGCGCAGCAAGGUGAAGACCACCGUGGAUUUUGAACAUCAGGAGCUUGGAUCCCUGACCGUUUCGGCGUUGACCUGGGAAUUCCUCUCAUCCAUGCAGAUUAUUCAAGCAAUACCUACUGCUGCUUCUGUCGAGCCAGAUGGCGAAUGGUCUUUUCCGGCUGGUGGGUUCGCUGGGCAGGACCAUGGUGAUCGCAAACACGUUUGGAUCUUUCGCCAUGCUCGUCGUGAUGGUGCUGGGUGGGUUCGUUCUUGCGCGAGGUAGGAUCCAACGAACAGCGUAGGUCAACCGUUUCGUCCAAAACGCGUCCACCAAGAUAGAUGAUGACUCGAUUCUCUAUCCUCCUGCAGAGAAUGUGAAGAAAUGGUGGAAAUGGGGGAUGUGGGUCUCUCCUAUGAUGUACGCACAGUACGGGAUCUCCGUCAAUGAAUUCCUCGGCAAAAGCUGGAACAAGGUGAGAAGAGUACUAGAGUUGCCAGGAUAGCGCCUAAUUUUAUGGCAUGCAUUGGCCUUGGAACUACGAUGGAUGAAGUUUAGCUCUACACAUUGACAAUUAAUUUAAGAUUUUGUUAUCAGCCCGAUCUUCAAAUUGAGCCUAUUACAUAGAUAAUCUUGGGUUUAUUCUGGCGCUGUUGGACGGCCCGUCUGGCGCGUAACUUAUCUCUGAUAUUCACUUGAGGUUACUGGGUAGAAAGCGUUCCGAUUAAAUCGGAUAAUUGGACUUUGUAGCUAAAAGAUAUACUUCUCGCAACUGGCUUUGACUUUGAUUACUAUAAUAUUUCCCACCAGUCUAGCUUUUGGUUAAGGGGAACUAAUGUCCGUGUUUGACACGAUAUGGAUUCCACAGAUUCUCCCGGGAAACACUGAGCCGCUUGGAAUCUUAGUCUUGAGGUCCCGCAGCGUCUUCACCGAGCCAAAGUGGUAUUGGAUUGGAGUAGGGGCGCUCGUUGGAUACAUUCUUCUGUUCAACUUCUUGAGCACUCUGGCUCUCCAGUACCUCAACCGUGGGUUCCCUCCUCCGUUCGGAAGCUCAACGAGCCAGCUCCUCCUCAUGCAUUAAAUCUGUCCGUGAUUCUCAGAAUCCUUGUUCAUGUUGCUCUGCGUCUGAUUCUUGCAGCGCUCGGAGAGGGUCAGGCGACCGUAUCUGAAGAGUCACUUAAUGAGAAGCACGAGAACUUGACUGGCCAAUCGCUUGAACUGUCGUCCAGAGGAAAGCGAUCCAGUGGUAACCAACCAUUCGUCCAAUGACCCCUGCCGAAAAUCUAUUUUCUCGCCAUCUGCUGUACCCUCUCAUCGAGCUUUGAGAUUUCUCUGGCAACAGGAAAGAUUGAUGACAAGGCAUCGUUUGCCAGGAGAGCCGGCAGCUUGAAAACCGACAAGAAAGGAAUGGUUCUUCCUUUCGUCCCCCUUUCCAUGGAGUUUGAUAACAUCAGAUACUCGGUCGACAUGCCAGCGGUAAGCCUCUUUCUAUUCAUAAGCACGUUAACUAAUAAGUUACGUAAGAAUAUUCGCUUAAGUGAAGAGAGAUAAAACAUUUUGGUUAAUGUUCCUCGCAGGAAAUGAAAGCGGAAGGGAUUGUAGAGGACAGAUUGGAGCUUCUGAAGGGCGUGAGCGGAUCCUUCCGGCCAGGAGUUCUCACAGCUCUGAUGGGAGUCAGCGGCGCUGGAAAGACGACGCUGAUGGACGUACUGUCCGGGAGAAAAACCGGAGGAUACAUUGAAGGGAGCAUAACCAUAUCCGGGUACCCCAAGAAGCAGGAGACGUUCGCUCGCAUAUCUGGUUACUGUGAACAGAACGACAUCCACUCGCCACACGUCACCGUCUACGAGGCGCUCCUGUACUCUGCCUGGCUGCGUCUACCGGCCGAAGUCGACUCCAACACGAGAAAGGUAGGAUGAUACGUUUCAGAUACGUAUCUUCGUGUUUGUAUUGCGGAAUUGUGGUGAUAAACCUCGCUGCUGCGACCAUCGGGUGGGUGGGCAGAUGUUCUGCGAGGAGGUCAUGGAGCUCGUGGAACUGACACAGUUGAGGGGAGCGCUCGUUGGGCUGCCCGGCGUCAAUGGCCUCUCGACCGAGCAGAGGAAGAGGCUGACUAUCGCCGUCGAGCUCGUCGCCAACCCGUCCAUAAUAUUUAUGGACGAGCCCACCUCUGGCCUUGAUGCUAGGGCGGCCGCCAUCGUCAUGAGAACGGUGAGGAACACCGUUGACACCGGAAGGACAGUCGUGUGCACAAUUCAUCAACCCAGCAUAGACAUAUUCGAAGCUUUUGACGAGGUAACAUGACUUCUUUCAGCAUUCUUCCGACAUUUCUCACGGAUUCUCUCUCUAGACUUCAUGCCUUCCGUUUGCCUGCAGCUCUUCCUGAUGAAGCGGGGAGGAGAAGAGAUAUACGUCGGUCCGCUGGGACGCCAAUCAUGCGAGCUGAUCAAGUACUUCGAGGUAAGGUUUUGGGAAUGAAAAUCACCGUUCCCCACUCUUCGGGGUUGUGCGGCUUCCUUGGAAAAAUGGUGUUAUUGACGACGUCUGUGACAUCAUCGUUCGAAGGGUAUCCGAGGAGUUAGCAAGAUCAAAGACGGCUACAACCCUGCAACAUGGAUGUUGGAGGUGACGACAUUGGGACAAGAAGACGCUCUUGGUGUCAGUUUCACAGAUUUAUACAAGAGCUCGGAGCUUUACCAGUGAGUAGAUCAUCUGUCUCCCGUUCUGAUCGCGUCGUAGGGUAACACGCGAUUAGAGAAUAAGCAUUCUUCCUCCACUCAUCACUGGCUUGCGUGGACGACUUAGUUCUUCGGCGCAUUAAGCACCUGUUUAUGCCAAUGGCAGGAGGAACAAGACUCUAAUCAAGGAGCUGAGCGUGCCUGCUCCCGGCUCCAGUGACCUUGACUUCCCCACGCAGUAUUCACGGUCCUUUUUCACGCAGUGCAUGGCUUGCCUGUGGAAGCAACAUAUGUCGUACUGGCGGAAUCCUUCUUACACCGCUACGAGGCUUUUCUUCACGACCGUCAUCGCCGUGCUGUUCGGCACAAUCUUCUGGGACUUGGGAUCCCGAAGGUAACCAAACCUAACCUAAGCUCCUUACACACUGGCUUUAAUAUGUUCACAUAUUCCGUUAAAUUUUGCCAGACAAAGAAGUGCAAAUCAGUCGGCUGUAAGAUUUGCCUUUAUCCAUUCAUCGUAAAUUUUACAGCAUGACUGCUUGCAUGGCUGGACUCGAUUCUUUCGAUGUAAUUGAUCUUCAGGUGUGCUUCUAUUCUUGGAUCACGAUUCAGAUCUUGAAAAUGUUUGGCUUCAGGGAAAGGAAACAGGAUCUGUUCAACGCCAUGGGAUCCAUGUACUGUGCAGUCUUGUUCAUAGGGGUACAAAAUGCUCAGACAGUUCAGCCGGUGGUCAGCAUCGAAAGAACAGUCUUCUACCGGGAGAGAGCUGCCGGGAUGUACUCGGCUUUCCCGUACGCGUUUGGCCAGGUGAACUCUGAGCUCCGCAAAAUCUUUCGAGAUCGUCCUCACCAGCCGGGAACCCUUCGUUCCUUACGACGCUCCAUUGGGGAUCUCGCAGGUGGCAAUCGAGCUCCCGUACAUCCUGUUUCAGGCCGUGGUCUACGGCGUCAUCGUCUACGCCAUGAUCGGGUUCGAGUGGACGGCGGCCAAGUUCUGCUGGUACAUCUUCUUCAUGUACUUCACCUUCCUCUACUUUACCUUCUACGGGAUGAUGGCCGUGGGGAUGACCCCCAACCACAACAUCUCUGCCAUAGUCUCCUCCGCCUUCUACGGCAUAUGGAACCUCUUCUCCGGCUUCUUGAUUCCCCGACCGGUGAGCACUUCCUCCCGUCCUCCAUGGCCUCUCUGCGUGCGGGACUCUGCUCACGCUUCUCUCUCACUCUCUCUCUCUCUCUCUCUCUCGCUCUCUCUGUGUGGUUCGCAGAGGAUUCCCAUCUGGUGGAGAUGGUACUGCUGGGCUUGCCCCGUGGCGUGGACUCUCUACGGCCUGAUCGCCUCGCAGUUUGGAGACAUCUCUGACACGAUCGAUGGUGAGCCAGUGGACGUGUUCCUGGACAGAUACUUCGGCUUCAAACACGACUUCCUGUGGGCGGUGGCGAUGGCGGUCGUCGCCUUCAGCGUGCUGUUCUCAUCCAUCUUCGCCUUCAGCAUCAAGACCUUGAAUUUCCAGAAAAGAUAG